AUGCAACAAUUAUCGGAUAUGUUGGAUAAAUUAACAAAUGCUUUAUCAGAUAAUGAGAAAUCACAUGAACAUUUGAAAAAUGAAUUUGAUUUAAUUGAUGAAAAUGAUUUGGAUGAAGUUGAAAAAGAAUAUCAUCGUCUUGUUCCGGAAUAUAAUCAAUUAAUCGAUUAUUUAAAUGAAAUUUCACAGAAAUUUGCUGUUCUUCAACAACAAUUCACUGAUGAUCAAAAUCAUGAAAAAGCGAAGAAAAUCGUUGAAGAAUUCUUUAAAUGUGAAACUAAUGAUGGAUUUCUCAAUAAACGUCAACGUGUUUAUCAAUUACAUCACAAAUUAAAUCAUUUACAAAAACUUUUACAAAAACCUUCUCCCUNCAUCAAAAUGUCUAUGAAAUUCUUUCCGAAGAAAUGA